GCGCUCUCUGCUCCAAUCUUUGCGCGAUGAACAGAGAGAGAAGAAACGAAGGAGGGAGAGGGAGAGGGAGAGAGAAGGGAUCAGAGGGAUUGGUCGAAUAGGCGGUCGGUGAGGGCGGCGAGGAAUCCGGCUCAGAAGGUUUUGGGAAAGGUGGAUUUGCUGUUGAAGAUUUUGCGGAUUUUCAAUAGCUUAUCCAUUUGAUUUGUUUUUGGAGGCAUUGAUAUCUAUCCUCUUGAUUUGUGACUGAAACAGGCGGAUCUAGAAAUAAGUAUUGUGAAAGCAGAAUCGUUCGCUUUGCUCUUAUUUGUUUGUUUUGUUUCUUAGAUUUCUAUAGAGAGGAAGUGAAAUUGGAUUUGUUGUUGACGUAUUCUGGUUGAGGGAUUGGACGAAGGUCUUUGAUUCAGAGGUGUGUAGUCGCUGGAUCUGGUUGGAUCCUGAGACUUAUUUAAUCGAACACCGCGUCUUCGUUUCAUUUUCCUGUGAUCGUCGUAAGCUGCUCGUCCAUGUCAGCAGUGCGAGGCACGGCUUUCAAGCUUCAGAAUGAAUGUGUGGCCGUCCCUCCAAUUGCGACGGUUGGUUGUCGCGGGCGCCGACCGGCGAGAUGCUCGUUUCUGAGGCAGUCUCCCGGUGUUUAUCUGGGAAAGAAAUUGUUAGGAUCGAAGUUGCGCGCUUCCGAGCGGGUUCAGCUUUGGUGGACUGAUGGGCCUGGCCGUUCCCCUGUGCUUAAGGUUGUGUCGGCGACCAUGUCACUGUCUCAGGUGCCGGAGAAGCCGCUCGGUCUCUACGACGCAUCUUUUGAUAAGGAUUCUUGCGGUGUCGGCUUUGUUGCAGAGCUUUCCGGCGAGUACAAGCGGGAAACGGUUGCCGAUGCCUUGGAGAUGUUGGUUAGGAUGGCACACAGGGGAGCAUGCGGUUGUGAGGUUAACACCGGCGACGGGGCUGGCAUCCUUGUGGCUCUUCCGCAUGAUUUUUACAAGGAGGUAGCCAAGCAUCAUGGAUUUGACUUGCCGCCACCUGGCCAAUAUGCGGUUGGCAUGUUUUUCCUGCCUUCAGAUCCCGGUCGACGCGAAGAAGGCAAGACUGUAUUUGCCCAGGCUGCAUUGUCAUUGGGGCAUGAGGUUAUUGGUUGGCGCCAUGUACCCACAGAUAAUUCAGAUUUGGGACAAUCUGCUCUUCAAACAGAACCAGUCAUUGAACAAGUCUUCCUGAAACUUCGUUUGAGAAAAAGUGUGGAUUUUGAACAACAGAUGUACAUAUUAAGAAGGGUUUCUAUGGCAGCCAUUCGAGUUGCUUUAGAUCUCAAACAUGGUGAAGCUAGGGACUUCUACAUAUGCUCCUUAUCUACAAGGACAGUGGUUUAUAAAGGGCAGCUAAAACCAAUUCAGUUGAAAAACUAUUAUUAUGCAGAUCUUGGUGAUGAAAGAUUUACAAGUUACAUGGCCCUGGUUCACUCUCGAUUUUCUACCAAUACCUUUCCCAGUUGGGAUCGGGCUCAACCUAUGCGAGUUUUGGGACAUAAUGGAGAGAUUAAUACACUUAGAGGGAAUGUAAAUUGGAUGAAAGCACGUGAAGGUCUCUUGAAGUGCAAGAAUUUGGGAUUGUCAAAGGAUGAAAUGAAGAAGCUUCUACCUAUUGUGGAUGUUAGCUCAUCAGAUUCAGGUGCUUUUGAUGGUGUCCUUGAGCUUCUAGUGAGAGCUGGAAGAGAUCUUCCAGAAGCUGUCAUGAUGAUGAUACCUGAGGCUUGGCAAAAUGAUAAUAACAUGGACCCAGAAAGGAAGGCACUCUAUGCAUAUUUUUCAGCACUAAUGGAACCAUGGGAUGGACCAGCGCUAGUAUCGUUUACUGAUGGACGCUAUCUCGGAGCAACAUUGGAUCGCAAUGGUUUGAGGCCUGGUCGAUUUUAUAUCACACAUAGUGGAAGAGUAAUCAUGGCAAGUGAAGUUGGUGUCGUUGAUGUUCCUCCAGAAGAUGUUUCUAGGAAAGGAAGACUCAAUCCUGGAAUGAUGUUAUUAGUGGAUUUCGAAAAUCAUAUUGUUGUUGAUGAUGAUGCAUUGAAGAAGCAAUAUUCAUUAGCACGGCCAUUUGGAGACUGGUUGAAGAAACAGAAGAUUACAUUGAAAGACAUUGUUGACUCCGUGCCUGAAGCUGAUAGGGUCAUUCCAGCUGUAUUAGGAACCAUCCCAGUAGAUGGUUUUGAUGACACCAUUGAAAAUAUGGGCAUACAUGGUCUUUUAGCUCCACUAAAAGCCUUUGGGUAUACAGUGGAAUCCUUGGAGAUGUUGCUUCUUCCGAUGGCAAAGGAUGGCACGGAAGCUCUUGGUUCUAUGGGAAAUGAUGCUCCACUGGCUGUGAUGUCAGGCAGGGAGAAGCUUACGUUUGAGUACUUCAAACAGAUGUUUGCACAAGUCACAAACCCUCCUAUUGAUCCCAUCCGUGAAAAAAUUGUUACAUCUAUGGAGUGUAUGAUUGGUCCCGAAGGGGAUUUAACUGAAACUACUGAGGAACAAUGUCAUCGUCUCAUCCUAAAAGGACCUUUUCUCACCAUUGAGGAAAUGGAAGCUAUAAAGAAGAUGAACUUCAGAGGUUGGCGCAGCAAGAUACUUGACGUUACAUAUCCUAAAAAACAUGGUCGGAAAGGCUUGGAGGAGACUCUGAAUAGGAUUUGUUCUGAGGCUCGGAAUGCUAUUUAUGAAGGCUACACAACGCUUGUGCUAUCUGACAGAGGUUUUUCAUUGGAGAAUGUAGCUGUAAGUUCUCUCCUGGCAGUUGGUGCCGUGCAUCAGCAUCUAGUCUCAACUCUUGAGCGCACAAGGGUUGGAUUGGUUGUAGAAUCUGCUGAACCUAGGGAAGUGCAUCACUUCUGUACGCUUGUUGGAUUCGGUGCUGAUGCAAUAUGUCCAUAUCUGGCAAUUGAAGCCAUUUGGCGAUUACAAAUUGAUGGAAAGAUUCCUCCUAAAGGGAAUGGUGAGUUUCAUUCACAAGAGGAACUUGUCCAGAAAUACUUUAAAGCAUGCAAUGACGGUGUGAUGAAAGUGCUUGCUAAGAUGGGCAUAUCUACUCUAGCCUCAUACAAAGGUGCACAAAUAUUUGAAGCUCUUGGGCUUUCUACUGAGGUGAUUGAUAGGUGUUUUAAAGGCACACCAAGCAGGGUUGAGGGAGCUACUUUUGAAAUGCUUGCUGCUGAUGCACUUUGCCUCCAUGAUGUGGCGUUUCCCAAACGGGCCUUACCCCCUGGUAGUUCAGAUGUAGUUGCACUGCCCAAUCCAGGUGAUUAUCAUUGGAGAAAAGGAGGCGAGGUGCACCUGAAUGAUCCUCUUGCUAUUGCAAAGUUGCAAGAAGCGGCUAGGCAAAACAGUGUGUCUGCAUACAAAGAGUAUUCCAAGCGUAUUCAGGAACUUAAUAAGAGCUGCAAUUUACGAGGGUUGCUGAAGUUUAAAGAUGACCAAGUGAAAAUUUCGUUGGAUGAAGUGGAGCCAGCAUCUGAGAUUGUGAAGCGAUUCUGUACAGGGGCUAUGAGUUAUGGUUCAAUAUCUUUAGAAACACAUACUACUCUUGCAAUUGCCAUGAACAAACUUGGUGGAAAAUCAAAUACAGGUGAGGGAGGUGAGCAACCUUCACGGAUGGUUCCGCUUCCAGAUGGUUCAAAGAAUCCGAAGAGGAGUGCUAUCAAACAAGUUGCCAGUGGAAGAUUUGGGGUUUCAAGCUAUUAUCUCACCAAUGCUAAUGAACUUCAAAUAAAGAUGGCUCAGGGGGCCAAACCAGGUGAAGGGGGUGAACUUCCAGGACAUAAAGUUAUUGGUGACAUAGCCAUCACUAGGAAUUCUACUUCUGGGGUAGGGCUUAUCAGCCCCCCACCUCACCAUGAUAUCUAUUCAAUUGAGGAUCUUGCACAAUUAAUUCAUGAUCUUAAGAAUGCAAACCCUGGUGCUCGAAUUAGUGUUAAGCUCGUCUCUGAGGCUGGUGUUGGAGUCAUUGCUAGUGGUGUUGUAAAAGGACAUGCUGACCAUGUUUUGAUAUCCGGGCAUGAUGGUGGUACUGGUGCUUCAAAAUGGACGGGCAUUAAGAGUGCUGGGCUUCCUUGGGAGCUUGGAUUAGCUGAGACACAUCAAACUCUAGUGGCAAACAAUCUUCGUGGUCGAACAGUCCUUCAAACAGAUGGCCAGUUAAAAAAUGGAAGAGAUGUUGCUAUUGCUGCUUUACUCGGUGCUGAAGAAUUUGGUUUCAGUACUGCCCCUCUGAUAACUCUUGGCUGUAUUAUGAUGCGGAAAUGUCAUAAAAACACUUGCCCUGUGGGCAUUGCUACUCAAGAUCCUAUUCUUCGCGCAAAAUUUUCUGGAGAGCCAGAGCAUGUUAUAAAUUUCUUCUUUAUGCUGGCAGAGGAGUUGCGUGAAAUCAUGGCGCAGUUGGGGUUUAGAACUAUAAAUGAAAUGGUCGGUCGGUCAGACAUGUUAGAAAUAGAUCCUGAUGUUGUAAAGAAUAAUGAAAAACUGGAGAACAUUGAUCUUAGUUUAUUGCUCAAACCUGCAGCAGAAAUACGUCCGGAUGCUGCACAGUAUUUUGUCCAAAAUCAGGAUCAUGGUCUUGAAAUGGCUUUAGACAAUGAGCUGAUCUCUUUGUCCAAACCUGCUUUAGAUAAGGCCAUUCCUGUUUACAUUGAAAUGCCAAUUCGCAAUGUAAAUCGUGCUGUUGGAACCAUGCUUAGCCAUGAAGUUACGAAGAAAUAUUUCAUGGAUGGGCUUCCAUCAGAUACAAUCCAUAUUAGAUUAAAUGGAAGUGCUGGUCAGAGCCUUGGUGCUUUCCUUUGCCCUGGAAUUACUCUUGAACUUGAAGGAGAUAGCAAUGAUUAUGUUGGAAAGGGGUUAUCAGGUGGAAAGAUUAUUGUUUACCCUCCAAAUCAGAGUAAAUUUGAUCCAAAGGAAAACAUUGUCAUAGGGAAUGUUGCUUUGUAUGGUGCAACCAAAGGUGAAGCUUAUUUUAGUGGAAUGGCUGCGGAGAGAUUCUGUGUCCGUAAUUCUGGUGCCACGGCAGUAGUAGAAGGUGUAGGAGAUCACGGAUGUGAAUACAUGACUGGUGGUGUAGUUGUUGUGCUUGGGAAAACUGGGAGGAAUUUUGCUGCUGGCAUGAGUGGUGGUGUUGCUUAUGUUUAUGAUGUGGAUGGGAAAUUCCAUAACCUGUGUAAUUUAGAGCUUGUAGAUCUUGAGAAGAUUGAAGAAGAAGAGGACAUUAUGACAUUGAAAAUGAUGAUACAGCAGCAUCAGCGUCACACUAGCAGUCAACUAGCAAGGGAAAUCCUCUCUAAUUUUAAUUAUCUUCUCCCUAAAUUUGUCAAGGUCUUCCCACGUGAUUAUAAGAGGAUGCUUCAGAAAUUGAAGGUUGAAAAAGCUGCCAAAGAAGCACAGCAGCAAGAGGAAAGUGAACUGAUGAAGAAGGAUGCAUUUGAAGAGCUCAAGAAGUUAGCAACUGCAACAAGGAAUGUCAACGGAGAUCUGAAAUUGGACUCAAAGGCAAGAAAGAGGCCAACUCAAGUUGCUGACGCUGUCAAGCAUCGAGGUUUUAUCACGUAUGAGCGGGAGGGGAUAGCUUAUCGAGAUCCUAAUGAGCGGAUUAAUGAUUGGAAGGAAGUUGCUGUGGAAUCAAAACCUGGUCCUUUGUUGAAAACACAAUCAGCUCGCUGUAUGGACUGUGGUACCCCAUUCUGCCAUCAGGAGAACUCUGGUUGUCCUCUUGGAAAUAAGAUUCCUGAGUUCAAUGAAUUGGUCCAUCAGAAUAGAUGGCGUGAGGCAUUGGAUCGGCUUCUUGAAACAAAUAAUUUCCCAGAAUUUACCGGCCGUGUCUGUCCAGCUCCCUGUGAGGGAUCAUGCGUUCUUGGCAUCAUUGAGAACCCCGUAUCGAUUAAAAGCAUAGAGUGCUCCAUUAUAGACAAAGCCUUUGAAAAUGGAUGGAUGGUACCACGUCCUCCACUCAAGAGAACUGGGAAAAUGGUUUCCAUUGUUGGUAGUGGACCAGCAGGAUUAGCCGCAGCUGAUCAACUUAACAAAAUGGGUCAUUGGGUUACAGUAUAUGAACGUUCGGAUCGCAUAGGGGGUUUGAUGAUGUAUGGAGUUCCAAACAUGAAAGCAGAUAAGAUUGAUAUUGUUCAGAGACGCGUUGAUCUUAUGACAAAGGAAGGUGUCAAGUUUGUUGUGAAUGCAAACGUUGGAACGGAUCCAUUGUACUCACUUGAUGGAAUACGUGCUGAUAGUGAUGCUAUUAUUUUGGCAUGCGGAGCUACAAAGCCAAGAGAUCUGGAAGUUCCUGGGAGGGAACUCUCAGGGGUUCAUUUUGCCAUGGAAUUCCUCCAUUCAAAUACAAAAAGCUUGCUUGAUAGCAAUUUACAGGAUGGGAAUUACAUCUCUGCCAAGGGAAAGAAGGUGGUGGUGAUAGGUGGUGGAGACACUGGCACAGAUUGCAUCGGCACAUCUAUUCGACAUGGUUGCACAAACAUCAUAAAUCUCGAGCUGCUUUCUGAGCCACCUAGAACAAGAGCACCAAGCAACCCAUGGCCUCAGUGGCCUCGCAUAUUCCGCGUGGACUAUGGCCACCAGGAAGCAACAACUAAGUUUGGGAAGGACCCAAGGUCUUAUGAAGUCAUGACUAAGCGUUUCAUUGGAGACGAAAAUGGGGCUGUUAAAGCUCUUGAAAUGGUGAGAGUUCGCUGGGUGAAGGAUACUAGUGGGAGGCUCCGACCCGAAGAAAUUGGAGGUUCUGAGCAAAUUAUCGAAGCCGAUCUAGUUCUCUUAGAUUUCCUUGGCCCGGAACCAACAAUUGCAAAGAAGUUGGGUUUGGAAUUGGACGGUCGUUCCAACUUCCAGGCGGAAUAUGGUCGCUUCUCAACGUCUGUUAAAGGCGUCUUUGCCGCCGGAGAUUGCCGCCGAGGACAGUCGCUCGUGGUCUGGGCGAUAAGUGAGGGGAGGCAAGCAGCUUCCCAGGUGGAUAAGUAUUUGAUGAGAGAAGAAGAAGAUGACAUCAAUGGUGCAUCUGAUGGAAAUCACAAGUACUAUUUGGACAAUAUUGAUGGAAGACAGAAAGUAACUGCUUAAAGGUGGACCUGAGAGAGUCGUUUAUCAGACUACUGCGCAAAUGAAGUAAUGAUGUGAAGAUGCAAUUGUAAAUUCAUCAGCAGCUUGGGUUUGGAGAAUUGUAUGCGUGUGUUUUUUAUUUUUUAUUUCUUAUAGGAAAGCGUUUAUGCUGUUUGUUGUUUUAUUUCCAUUUGAUGAUUUUAAGUCAGCCAUGCAUUUGGCCUGAAUAAUGUAUAGUCCUUGAUAUUUCACAUUGUAAGACUAGUUUUUAAUGAUUAUAAAGUUUGAUGGAGAUUAAUUGGAAUUUAAAA